UGAUACUCUUCACUGCAAAACAUAACAACAUUCCAAAAAAAAGGAUUAAAAGAAUUGAGUAGCCAUUCAUUUUUUUAUAGGUGUAGUUCUGGCAUGUUGUUGCCUGUGGAUGAAUUCGGAGACCAUGAAAACAGGUUUAAGCUUACGACUGCAGGGGAAAUUGUCAGGUAUUGUAAAGCGACGCAGAAUCACGGGUCAAAAGCUUUUCUGUCUCUCUCUUUCUCACUCCCUCUAGCCCAUGAGACCGAGUUCACAGAGGAUUAUGUAUGUGCAAUUGAAACUUGGCAAAUGAUUUCCCUCCCUCCCCCAGAAAAAAAUAACAUUUUAGAAAAGCUGCCAAUCCGUCUUUAUGUCUGAGCAGCAACUGUUGUUAUAGUUUAAAUCUGAGAUGAAGAACAAGCAGAUGCACGGGACAGGGAACAUCCAGAGAAAGAAGGAGAGAUGGGGAGCAGACGGGUCAAAGAGUCAGAAUCACGCACCGCAGGAGAACGGUAAGAACAGAGCGGGAAAAAAGGCCAAGAGGUCACAGCACGUCAAAUCAAACUCGGAUAGAAUGACGAAUAAGAGUUUGGGCAACCAGACAAGUGGAGGAUUACAGGGAGGAGAAAGAGAUGAACCAGAAUUAAAAGACACCAUUCCUCAACAAUGCGGCAGGGUUUCACACAACAUGCUCCUUGCCCUCACUGUGAUAGGUGUAGUAGCAGGCACAGUGCUGGGCAUGAUGCUGCGAUAUGUUCCUGAUCUUGAUGCAAACAGUCUCAUGUUGGUUUCCUUCCCUGGGGACAUCUUAAUGAGGAUGCUGAAGAUGCUCAUCCUGCCACUUAUCAUCUCCAGCCUCAUCACGGGUCUGGCUGGUUUGGAUGCUCGCUCCAGUGGCAGAAUGGGCACCAGAGCAAUGGUGUACUACAUGUCCACCACAGUAAUCGCUGCUAUUUUGGGUGUCAUCCUGGUGCUUGGGAUUCACCCUGGGAACCCAAAACUCAGGACUAAUCAAGUCAGCUCCACCCCAAAGAACCAAGAGGUCAGCAGCCUGGAUGCCUUUCUGGACCUGAUCCGAAACCUUUUCCCAGAGAACCUGGUCCAAGCCUGUUUUCAACAGGUUCAAACGGUGCUGAAAAAAGUCGCUAUCCCAGUUCAGAACCAAACAGAACCAAUUCUUGUCAAUAGUAAAAAACUGGAGCUGAAAUGGGGAAUGAAUGUUUUAGGUUUGAUUGGGUUCUUCAUCACAUUUGGAGUCUGCAUGGGGAAAAUGGGCGAGAGAGGGAAGCUCAUGUCUGAUUUCUUCAAUAUUCUCAAUGAGAUCAUCAUGAGGAUGGUGUCCAUGAUCAUGUGGUACUCUCCUGUAGGCAUCGCCUCCCUUAUCUGUGGCAAAAUCGCCGCCAUCGGUGACCUGGAGGUGGUGGCCAGGCAGCUGGGCAUGUACAUGGUCACAGUCAUAGUCGGUCUGAUCAUUCACGGCGGGAUCAUUCUGCCAAUCAUAUUCUUUGCUGUGACUAGGAAAAACCCCUUCACGUUUUAUUCCGGCAUCUUUCAGGCUUGGAUCACUGCUCUAGGAACAGCCAGCAGUGCUGGAACGUUGCCUGUGACGUUUCGAUGUCUGGAGGAGAAUCUAAAGAUUGAUAAGCGUGUGACUCGCUUUGUGCUGCCCAUCGGAGCCACUGUGAACAUGGAUGGCACUGCGCUCUACGAAGCUGUUGCUGCCAUUUUUAUCGCCCAGAUGAAUGACAUCUAUCUUGAUGGAGGACAGAUCAUCACAGUUAGUAUGACGGCGACUUUGGCCAGCGUGGGUGCAGCCAGUAUUCCCAGUGCGGGUCUGGUCACCAUGUUGCUUAUCCUGACCGCUGUGGGUCUUCCAACUCAGGACAUUAGCCUGCUCGUCGCUGUUGAUUGGCUGCUCGACCGCAUGCGCACUUCCAUUAACAUGGUGGGCGACUCUUUCGGGGCGGGUAUCGUGGACCACCUAUCUCGUGCAGAGCUUGCCGCCAUUGACAGGGAAAUCCCUCUAUCGGACGAGGACUUCAUUCCUCCUCCACCUCUCCUCACUGAUAUAGACCUUAUAGACCCUCUCAAACCGCCCGAACUGCCCCCUCGCUCGCCGCGUCCUCCCAAGCUCAACCACCACACCCCGUCUCUCACCCCCUCGCAAUCUAUGUCACACUCCAUCCCGCACUCGCCCCGUUCCAUCCGUUCUCCAUCACCUCACUCUAUUCGUUCCCCUUCCCCUCGCUCCGUGUGCUCUCACUCCCCAAGGCCUUUUCGAACGCACUCUCCACGCCUUUUGAGGAGGGCGGAGCCGGGGUACUGUGUCCUGCCCACUCGUGACAACCAGAUUCCCACACUUCCCCGAGGUGUUCGAAAGCGAGAGAGAGACCGGGAGAGUGACAGGGAGAGAGAGAGACUGCGGGAACGAGGCAGCGAGACGGAGGAAGAGGAGGAGAAAGAAAGAAUGAUGGACGACGGAAGCGAGGGAGAAGAAAGCGACGACACGGCGUACGACAGACGUCACACCAUACCACCCUGCGAUCUGCCCUGAACCUGAAUUCAUAGUUCAUAGUUCUUCAUUUCAGCACCCAUCUUUCUGUGCGAAAAGUUGGCAUUUUGUUUUGUUUGGCACGGACCUUAAGAAUCUAGGUGUGUUGUUCUUUGUUGUGCUUUGAGAUAAGAGAAUGGAGGGUGAACAGUCAUUUAUAUCUCGUUUAGAAACAGUUUUUCACUAACAGCGCCACAUGUUUGCAACCCAGUUGCUCUUACAGGAUUUGAAUAGUAAACCGGAUGAGUGGCUUGAAUUGUUUAUUGCACUUGCUCUGUCGCUAUCAAAUUGAGUUUCUGACUUUCGUCAUCUUAAAGUACACCAUUUGGCUACUGGUUGUAACACAAGCUUUCACCGCACUUCAGUUUGUACCGUAAAUCCCACGUUUACUCAAUUCAAGGAAAACAAUUUCCCUGACUCAUUUGAACUGCCUUAGCUUAUAUUUAUAGACUGUAUGCCAGUACAAUGUAAACAAUGUAAAUAACAAGAGGCAAUUGAAGUGAUUCAAGGCAGUUGCUUUCUGUAAACUGUUUUAUGAUUUGUUGGGUUUUUCUUUUCGUCACAGCUGUGAGUAACAUGAGGAAGUUUUUGUUCGCCCCUUCCUGUUCUUUGAAGUCUGCAUGGCUAUGUACAGAUUUACCAUUAGACCGUUUACAGUAGUAAACACAGUUACUCAAACCUUACACGUCACGGAUCGUCUUCUUAUAAGUCAUCUGUACUUUUAUGAUACAGUUACUGUAGAAGGUAUCAACUGUUGACAACUGUAAUAUUAUGUAUAUUGAGAUAAUGCCAUCGUAGUUCCAACUGAGAUUCUUGUAUAAACGUCUUGUUUCUUCUAGACAGCAGUGGAACAAAACAGGGACCAAAGGAAGACUUGCUGUAAUGAUUCUUAUAUUUUUCUUCUGAGAGGAAGAGAGGAAAUUAUAAUCAAUAUUUCUCAUCAAAUCCUUCCCAAACCCAAAUUGUCUGUGCUAUGCUUCCAACAUUUAUUUUUAUAUCUUUAUUUAUAAAUUAUGCUUCGAAUGUUUUCUUUGAGUUUUUCUCUAGUGGAAUUUAAUGAAAACAAUCUGAGUCAAGAUUGAUGUUAAAAAACAUAUCUGAGAUCCCCAUUUAAAAAAUAUACUGUUUAGUUUAAUAAUAUUGUUAAUGUUAUUUGAUUUUUGGAUUAUGUUUAUUGUCUAGUGUUUAAAAUGUUGCACUUAAGCUAGUUCAUUUUUAGGUUGGUGUGUAUAUGUCGUUUGUCUGACUAAUUUAUUUAUCACUUAAUUAUGCUACAAUCUACUUUAGUUUUCCAUGUAUCUCUGAAAUGGUUGGCGGUUCUGACUUGCGCUCUCUCCUUUUCCACUGAGCUCAGAAUACCACGUCUGCUAUCGUCUAUGGUGUAAUAAAAUUAAAAAAUUAAAACACUUUAUCUAAAUGACUUGAGUGCUUUGUGUUUUAUUAGUUCUCUGAUAGGAUCUCUCUUAUGAUGACAUCGUCAGGCACAUUCAAAUCCGAUUUCAUUCAAGCUUUGCGUGCCUUGACAUUAGGCUGGGAUCUUUUCAAACUAAUAGACGAAAGCGAUCACCCCAUAGAGAUGUUGUGACAGACGCGCAGCGGGGGUCAAAAAUUUCUCUUAGACAAUGAUGAAACAAAGACGUCAAUCCUUCUCAUUCCUCCCAGGACAACAGUGAGGCAGGCGAGGGAUGAUUAUGAGGGAGGGAUGCUGACGUUGGCUGUGGGGACCCUGGACGUCAGAGAGAUAGGAGGGAAGAUUGAUGCUGUGUUAAGAUGAAGAGGUAGUUGGGGAUUUUUUUUAUAAAUAGUUACAAUAAAAAUGCCUGUCUAUAUAGUUGUCUAUAUACUAACCUUCAUUGUGUUUGAUAUCUGCAAUGGGGGAUUUUUUUAAUAUCCUGCUUCCUUUUUUUAAAGAAGGAAAGUCAAAUAAGACUCGUGAAAUAGAAAA